ACACCACACCCAGUCACCCAGCAAGGAAAGAGCAACAGAAAAGCCACCGCCUGCCGCCACACGCCCGCACCUCUGACCUCCCUCGCCUCGCCGCGCACAUCUCUCACAUCACAUCUCCACCCCCAGCGCCGCCGCCCAUCACAUUUCCUGGUGCCCGGCUGGGCCCCCAGCUCCAGUCCUCCACAACCGCACCCGCGGAAAUGGCGGCGCCGGCGCUGCGCUCGGCGGCGGCGAGGGCGCGCGCGGCGGCGUUCUCGGGAGGGCGGUGGCUGGGCACGUCGUCCGCGGCGGAGACGGAGAGGGAGAGGGAGAGGGGGAAGGAGAAGGAGGAGGGUGGGGCCGGGUGGGAGCUCUCGGUGGCGAGGGAGUACUACGACUACCGCAAGUCCAUCUACGGCGACGUUACGCACCGCGCCCUCCUCGUCGACGCCGUCGGCACCCUCAUCGUCCCUGCCCAGCCCACGGCACAGGUGUAUAAGAGCAUUGGUGAGAAGUAUGGAGUGAAAUACUCAGAAGAUGAGAUCUUGAUGAGGUACAGGCGGGCAUAUGAGCAACCAUGGGGCGGAUCUCGUCUCAGGUAUGUGGAUGAUGGGAGACCUUUUUGGCAGCACAUAGUAACUUCUUCUACAGGCUGUUCAGAUGCACAAUACUUUGAGGAACUGUAUCAAUACUUUAUGACAGAAAAGGCUUGGAAGCUUUGUGAUCCUGAUGCUGAAAAUGUAUUUAAAGCUUUAAGGAAAGCUGGUGUUAAAACUGCCGUAGUCUCCAAUUUUGAUACCCGCCUACGGCCACUUCUGCAGACCCUGAAAUGUGACCACUGGUUUGAUGCAGUUGCUGUCUCUGCAGAGGUUGCAGCAGAGAAGCCAAAUCCAACAAUAUUCUUGAAGGCCUGUGAGUUUUUACGUGUGAAGCCUGAAGAAGCUGUGCAUGUUGGCGACGAUCGCAGAAAUGAUAUAUGGGGAGCUAGAGAUGCAGGCUGUGAUGCCUGGCUCUGGGGUAGCGACGUUCACUCCUUCAAGGAGGUGGCUGAGCGGAUCGGCGUUGAGGUGACCAAGGACAAGUGAUCCAAUUCCAAUCCACCGGUGGUGCUGCCCGCUUGGCAGCGACGAGUAGAGUACAGUACAGCACCCAGGAGCGCGGUCGUGGAGAUGACGAUGUACAUAGGAUAGAGAGUGGAUUGACCCAUACAAGUUCUCUGGAAUGGAACAUGUAAAACUCUGGUGGUACUAUUAUCUCGUGGUCCUCCAACUCUGGAGCCAUGUUUGGUGAUGGCGCAGCCGUGCAGAUGCCAGACUGUUCUCUUGCAGGAUUACCGGGCUGAUACCUAGAUAGUGAUUGGUUCGUGCUAAGGUAAUGUAAACGCAAAGGGAAUCAGAUUACAAUGUAUUUGGAGGUGGAACAGGUGAUUGCUCUCUUUGUUUGGUUGCACUCAAGUAA